AGCUGCAGGAUGUUAGUUGAUGAUUCAGAUGACGAGGCUCCCUGCCUGAUACCAGCCGAGGUUCCCACACUGGUUUCCGGGUCUGUAGCUGAAGAUGAUACUCCCAACAUUCCCGUUACUAUCAUUACUGGUUAUUUGGGAGCAGGUAAAACGUCGCUCUUGACGUAUAUUCUAAAGGAGCAGCAUGGUAAGCGUAUAGCAGUGAUAGUUAAUGAGUACGGGGAAGGAGCAGCUGUGGAGCAACCGGGAGCUCUGGGAGUGGGAAAUGAGAAGUAAGAGGUACGAAGAGUGGCUGGAAAUGACUAAUGGUUGUUUGUGUUGUGCUGUGAAGAGUAACGCUGUUAUGGCUAUAGAGAAACUCAUGGAGAAAAGUGGAAAGUUCGACUAUGUUCUCAUCGAAACAACUGGUUUAGCUGACCCAGGGAACAUAGGACAGACGUUCUGGGUAGAUGAGGGACUUUCUAAACUGUACCUGGACGGUAUUGUCACUCUCUGUGAUGCUUACAACUUCAACAAAACAUUCCAGGAAGCAGGAGGAAAAGUGACGGAGUGUGAGCGUCAGAUAGCACUGGCUGAUGUUGUCAUACUCAACAAACUAGAUCUUAUCAACGAUACUAUCAAAGAUAACAUCAGUAAAAAGAUACAGAGUAUCAACAGUUCUUGUGAUAUACAGUAUACCUCUUACAGUCGGAUUGAUCUAGAUACGAUACUUGGAAUUCAGGCUUACUCCAGCGCUGCUCCUCCUCCAAGCACGAUAGAACACAAUAUAUCAUCAUCUAUCAGCACAGUUACCAUGACAACUGAUAUUAUCAUGAAAAGAGGAGAUAUAGAGAGUGCUUUAGAGACUUUGUUAUGGGAGGAUCUUGAUUCGUUCUCUAAUUCCGAUAACAAAAAAGAAUCACACUCAAUGGAGGACACGGGAGGAAUGAACAUUCUGCGGUUAAAAGGGAAGCUUCAAACCCCAGACGGUUGGAUUAUGAUCCAAGGAGUAAGAGAUAUGUUCGAUAUAACCGAGAUAAAGGGAGAUAAUAUCCCGUACCAACAUUUAGUCUUUAUCGGGGUCCACCUGGACAGAGUAAGACUUUGUGACGUCACUAAAAUGAGAGUCAGAUGACCUGGAGUCUGGAGUCUGUUAUUUUAGAUAUACUUUAUUUAAGAAGUUUGUUUAAAAGUUAAAAGUUUAUUUGACAUUUUCUAGCGUCAUUAUUGAGGGUCGAUAAAUUGGAAGAAAUGUUUGGAAUAUUGUUUAUAUUGGUGCGUGCGGCACUUUUUUAUAACUUAUUAUCAUUAGUCGUGUUGAUCAUGUGCUGUUCUUUAAAGAAAUAUAUUUUGAUCAUGUCUUCAAUCAUCUUUAUUAAA